ACCAAGCCAGAAUGAAGACCCGGGCCCCUGCCCGCACCUCAGGCAUUAUGCUCAUCCUGCUCCCGCUGCUGGCUGUCCUCCAGCCCACCACUGCCCAAAAGAAUGGCAUCGACAUCUACAGCCUCACUGUGGACUCCAGGGUCUCAGCCCGAUUUGCCCACACGGUCAUCACCAGCCGGGUGGUCAACAGGGCCGACUCGAUGCAAGAGGCCACCUUCCAGAUGGAGCUCCCCAAGAAAGCCUUCAUCACCAACUUCUCCAUGGUCAUCGACGGCGUGACCUACCCCGGGAACAUCAAGGAGAAGGCUGCAGCCCAGGAGCAGUACCAUGCAGCCGUGGCCAGGGGAGAGAGAGCAGGCCUGAUGCCCUCCUCCCCCAGGGCCACUGGGAGAAAGAUGGAGCAGUUCCAGGUGUCAGUCAGCGUGGCCCCUGCUGCCAAGGUCACCUUCGAGCUGGUGUACGAGGAGCUGCUCCAACGGCAUCUGGGGGCAUAUGAGCUGCUGCUGAAAAUCCGGCCUCAGCAGCUGGUCCAGCACCUGCAGGUGGACAUUCACAUCUUCGAGCCUCAGGGCAUCAGCUUCCUGGAGACAGAGAGCACCUUCUUGACCAACCAGCUGGUGGACGCCCUCACCAGCUCACAGAACAAGACUAAGGCUCACAUCCGGUUCAAGCCGUCACUAUCCCAGCAGCAGAAGUCUUCAGAGCAGCAGGACACGGUCCUGGAUGGCAGCUUCAUCAUCCGCUAUGAUGUGAACCGAACCCUCUCCGGGGGCUCCAUUCAUAUCGAAAACGGCUACUUUGUGCACUACUUUGCCCCUGAGGGCCUGCCCACAAUGCCCAAGAAUGUGAUCUUCGUCAUUGACACUAGCGGCUCCAUGAGUGGCAAGAAAAUCCAGCAGACCCGAGAAGCCUUAAUGAAGAUCCUGGAUGACCUCAACCCCAAAGACCAGUUCAACCUCAUCAUCUUCAGCAGUGAAGCGACCCAGUGGAAGCCCUCGCUGCUGCCAGCCUCGGCCGAGAACGUGAAUGAGGCCAAGAACUACGCUGCCAGCAUCCAGGCCCAGGGCGGGACCAACAUCAACCAGGCCGUGCUGAAUGCUGUGAAGCUGCUGGAGGAGAGCAACCGGGUAGAGCUGCUGCCCAGUGGGAGCGUUGCGCUCAUCAUCCUCCUCACUGAUGGGGACCCCACUGUGGGUGAGACCAACCCCUCAAGGAUCCAAGAGAAUGUGCGGGAAGCCAUAGGCGGCCAGUUCAGCCUCUUCUGUCUGGGCUUUGGCUUUGAUGUCAACUAUGCCUUCCUGGAGAAGCUGGGGCUGGAGAAUGGCGGCCUGGCUCGGCGCAUCUACGAGGACUCAGACUCCGCCCUGCAGCUCCAGGACUUCUACCAGGAGGUGGCCAACCCACUGAUGACGGCAGUGGCCUUUGAAUAUCCCAGCAGUGCCGUGGAGACAGAUCAGGACAAAUUCCGGCUCCUCUUCAAGGGCUCAGAGAUGGUGGUGGCCGGGAAGCUCCGGGACCAGGGCCCUGAUGUGCUCUUGGCCAAAGUCAGCGGGCGAGUGAAUAAGCAGAAUUUCACCUUCCAAACGGAGUCCAGAGUGGCGGAGGAGGAGGAGGAGUUCCGGAGCCCCAAGUACGUCUUCCACAACUUCAUUGAGCGACUCUGGGCAUACCUGACCAUCCAGCAACAGCUGGAGCAAAUGGUUUCCGCGCCCGACGCCGAGCAGCAGGCCCUCAAGAACCAAACUCUGAGCUUGUCGCUCAAAUACAACUUCGUCACCCCUCUCACAUCUAUGGUGGUCACCAAACCUGAAGGCCAAAACCAGUCUCAAGUUGCUGAGAAGCCCGUGGAAGGUGGAAGCAGACAUAAAGACAUCCAAUCAGGAGUUGGUCGCACUGUCUUCAGAAGUCACCACGUGGUAGACUCAGGGGCCAGAAUAAUAGGAGGCGGCGCUGCGGAAGCUCUCCUCACGGGAAGAGGAGGAGUGAGCGGACAAGCCGGAUUUAGAAGAAAUUAACCAGUUUCCCAACGA